AUGGUCGCUGGCUUACAAGCGGACGUCGAAGCUAGAGAUAUUUUGAUCGCCACCUUGCAGUGUGAGCAGAACUAUUUUCUUGUCGACGGCGCCAGACGACAUCGAUAUUUCAUGGACAAGGCCUUUGAAAUUAAUUUGGAUGAUCCAAUACUUGCACUUCAGCGUGAUUUCUUUCUUCUACAAUCCUCGACUGACCCUUCAGAUGGUUGCAAUUCCAGUGUCAAUGCAGCGCAAUGCUGUGAAUUCAAAGUGGCUAGUUUGGAAGAGCUUUUGGAUGUCCAGAGGCGUGCGCACGCCUUCUACCGAGAGCAGCUUCAGUCAGCGGAACAAAGAUACGCUGCGCUCUGCAGUUCUUUUGAGGAGGAGCGCAAGAGGCUGGAGCGGGAUGCAGCACAGGGCGAUGAUGUUGUAGCUAUGCUGGAAAAGGAACGCGAAAAACUGCAGAUAGAGUUGGAAAAUGAGCGAAAUCAAACCAAGCGCUUGGAAAAGGAUUUGAAGAAAGCAUUGGAUAGUUACAACAACCAAAAAGUACUUUCCCAACGCCAGCGGAUGGUAGCAGCUCAAUUGAUAAGGGAAAAGCGGCGUCUUCAAAAAGAGCUCUUGGCGAAAUGUGAACAAGUCGAACAACUGGAAUCUAAAUUGGCACUUAAAUCUCCGCUUCCCUUUGAUCCCCCUUCCUCGGUGAAAAUGUUGAAUGCCUCGCCUACGGUGAAGACGACGGGUAACGCGACGCCUCGAAGUCCCGUCAGUGGGGGUGAGGAGGGUUUUCAGGGUAAGAAGUCACUUUCCCCUCCGUCUGCUUGCCGCGAAUCGGCCAACGCUCCACCUCCACCGGCAUCUCCUCUAGUUCCAUUUUGUCCCUCCACCUCCGCCUCUACCUCCUCUAAGCUCGACUCCACUGCCUCCUCCAGUGUUCCCGCAUCCAAUCGCGUAAACGGCUGUUCCCCACCUUCCUCCACCGCCUCCUCCGACGGCUCGUCGUCAGAGGCAGCGAAAGUAAAGUCCCCUCCGCCCGUUAAAACACGGCCUGAACCACCAGUUCGCCGUACUCCUGAGUUCAAUGGUCCUGUCGCGCCCACCUCGCGCAAAAUUGGUCUUCUCGAGGUGGACACGACUCAGGUUGGGGUAACAGUUGCAGCUGCAACGGCUACCGAAGCGGAAGAGCAGGUGGAGGAGGACGAGAAGCACAUCGCUUCCCUGUCACCUCCUCCGCCACCUCCGCAAAUGCAGUUGCACUAUCCUUAUCCGGGCAUGCAGGGCAACACACACCACCCGCCUGUUCGCACCCCUCGGUCCGCCUUUGGUGGUAGCUAUUUCAGUGCGUCCCCCUCCACCUCUCACUUUUCCGGCGCACGGGCUUCUCUGCGCUCCCCCACCUCACCACCCACUGCACCUGCCUCUCACCGAUUCCCCUAUGUCCAACCGCAGCGAGUUGCCUCCACCGGUUUGCAGUUCACCGGUGCUUGUGGCGGUGGAUUACGUAAAACGACUUCUGCGUUGCCCCAGCAGACGCGGAGUGGUAUUGUCGUAACAUCCCAGGGAAGUCUGAGUCGGUCGGCCGAGGCAGCGGCACCUCGUGUGGUCUUGGCAGGCCGCACCGCUGCUGCCGCGGGUCCGGGAAACCUGUACAUAAAUGGGAAAUAA